GAUACGUGCAGUCCAUUCCACACGUGUAAAGGGUUCGGAGACCGUUUGCCGAAUUCGGCUGCUGCCGAUCGCCGGGGCAGCCAAGGCGGAGUAACCGAGGUUUAGGAGGACUAUCAGCAUCGGUUUCAUCGCAAGCGCAUCGGACCAAACCGGCACACAGAAAUCCAUCCAACUUCAAAUCAUCAACAACCCUGCGAACUCGACGUCGUCGUCCAUGUCAUUCCAUUCGUUCUUCUCCUUCGAUCCAAAUUAGGGUUUUAUUCCUCUAUUUCUCUAACAGUUAAAAUGUUUCAGAAAUCUCUCGCCAAUCCCUUGGUUUCCCCGAUUCCAAUCUGUUCUCCGAAGCCGAGGUCACAGAGUUGCCCCCGAUCUGUCUUUAUUGUUCGAUCUAAUGUCGUGGAUUCUUCGAAGGAGUUGUUCGAAUCCCCGGCUAUCUCGACGGGGACUGGGGGCCCGUAUCCGGGAGGAAUGGGACUGCACACUGGACGGGAUCCGAGCGUGAAGAAGCCGGAGUGGUUGCGGCAGAGAGCGCCGCAGGGUGAGAAGUUUGCGAAGCUUCACGAGUCGCUCUCCAAGUUGAAGCUGAAUACUGUUUGCGUGGAAGCCCAGUGCCCCAACAUUGGAGAGUGUUGGAAUGGAGGGGGAGGAGCAGGAGGAGAAGGGGAUGGUAUUGCAACCGCAACUAUCAUGCUUCUAGGGGAUACCUGCACCCGUGGAUGUAGAUUUUGUGCUGUAAAAACAAGCAGAAGCCCACCGCCACCAGAUGCUAUGGAACCUGAAAACACAGCCAGGGCAAUUGCAAGUUGGGGUGUUGAAUAUAUUGUAUUGACUAGUGUUGAUCGUGAUGAUCUUCCCGAUGGUGGAAGUGGCCACUUUACCAAGACAGUCAAAGCCAUUAAGAACCUCAAGCCUGAAAUUUUGGUCGAGUGUCUAACUUCUGAUUUUCGAGGCGAUCUAGAAGCUGUGUCAACUUUGGUAAAUUCUGGGCUAGACGUUUUUGCCCAUAACAUUGAAACGGUUAGGCGCCUACAGAGAAUUGUGAGAGAUCCUCGAGCAGGGUAUGAGCAGAGCUUGUCUGUUCUGAAGCAUGCAAAGCUUUGCAAGGAAGGGAUGAUUACAAAGUCCUCUAUCAUGCUGGGGCUUGGAGAAUCAGAUGAGGAGGUUCAGGAAGCUAUGGCUGAUUUAAGGGCCAUUGGUGUUGAUAUCUUGACUUUAGGACAGUAUUUGCAGCCUACACCCUUGCACCUGACUGUCAAAGAAUAUGUGACUCCUGAGAAGUUUGCUUUCUGGAAGGAUUAUGGAGAAUCUGUCGGUUUCCGUUAUGUUGCCAGUGGACCACUGGUUCGGUCUUCCUAUAGAGCAGGCGAGCUGUUUGUUCAAAAGCUGGUGAGAGGAAGCAAGACAAAGGAUGUAUCUGGUGAAUCUUAAUCGCAUGGAUGGCUGCUAGAUUUUUUCGUGACAACUUCACAUUGACAUCCUUGGCCUGGCAAAUUACCUCAGAAAACAGUACACCAGAGUCUGAUAAUAGUGGAUACUAAUCCACAGAAGAGUCUUGGUAGCAAACCAAGAGCUGUUGGAAGGUACUUGAUUAAUAUGUUCAAUUCUAGAGGACCUUUGGUGAUUGAAGAAAAACGUGUUCAUUUUUGUACUGUGUACCAUAUAAAACACAGCACGUGGAAUUACGAAAAUUAUAGUUGAGUUUUUUUUCUCUGUCUUGAUGCAAAUUGUUUAAAUUCUCUUAUUGUAUUUCUAAGCCACAUUGUCCCAGCAAAAUGAGGUGAAAUACCAAUUCUUUUAUUUAAAUCAUUG